AUGAAAUUCCUCGAGAUCCUCUCUGUCACCCUCGCCAUUCUCGGUGUAGCCUCUACGACUCUCGCUGCUCCCCUCCCCUCUUCUGCCUUCUCUUCGUCCCUAAGCUCUCGUAACCUGAUCGACGAGCUCGCUGCAGCCUCGAAAGAUCUCGGUCUUGGCGAUGCAGAAGCUACCAACCCUAACCUACUCGACUCAAUCGCAAAAGCAGAAGCAGACCUUGGUCUUCGCAAACGAGACAACGUUCUAGACGAAUUAAGUGCAGUCCUUAAGGAUCUUGGUCUUGGGGAUGCGGAAGCUAAAGAUCCUAAUCUACUCGACUCUCUCGCCAAAGCUUUGGCUGAUCUGGGAUUGAGGAAGAGGAACCUGAUCGAUGAACUGGCGGAUGCUUCCAAGGAUUUCGGUCUCGGUGAUGCUGAUGCGGAAACCCGGAACCUUUUGGACUCAAUUGCUAAGGCUGAGCAAGAUCUUGGUAUCUGA